UCCGUGCGGCAUCACACAGCACGAGGCCAUUCCACUAUCGGAGCAUCAUCGCCAUGAACAGAAGCGUCCGAGCAGACAACGUCGAGUUCACCGUCAAGGCGUCUGAAGAUCUCAUCUUGACGGGCAGCGAACGUUCCAUCAUUCGAGUGCCCGCCAACAACAUGUACUCGUGCUUGAUGCAAAAGACCCAGCGCUUUUCGUCGCUCUUCCGGCAUUACAGCAAGCACCAUGGCUUGCCGCGCGAAUGUCUAGACUUCUUCUUCAUGGUUGGCGGAUCUCAUACCCUCGUACACUAACGAACCUACCACAGAGCCUCUUGGACCCCGAAGAAUGCCCCGAAUCUGUCCAUUUGCAAAAGAACGACAUCAUUCAGGUGCGGCACCGGCGGGACACGCCCAUCUUGAUGGCGCCAAAGCUAUCCGACGACGACUUCUUCCACUCCAUGAAGCGGAUGCUCCAGAGCGGCCUGAAUUGCGACGUGGUGCUCAAAGUAGGGCCAAACGAAGAUGAACUGCGAGCGCACAAGUGCGUUUUGACUACGCGGUGCGAAGUGUUUCGGUGCAUGUUUCCGGCCGAAGCCAAAGCUGGCAUGAAGGAGAGCGAAGACGGUACCGUACUCAUCCGGGACCACUCCCCCGACAUGGUUGCCAAGCUGCUCGAGUUCAUCUACACCAACCGCGUGCACGACUUGGCCAAACUCACGACCGCCCAAUUGAUUGACCUGCUGUCGCUGGGUGACCAGUAUCUCAUGCGGCCACUGCGCGACUUGUGCGAAAUCCAAGCCAAGGAACUCGUCAACAACGAAUCAUGCGUCAAGCUGCUGAACGCCGCGGAAAAGUUCAACGCUGGCUUCCUCAAAGAGACUUGUGUGAACCACAUUGUGGACAAUAUGGCCCAGCUCAUUGACGAAGACGGGUUCCGCCUCGAGAUUGAGCAGUGUCCGUCGCUCGCCCUUGUCCUUCUGCGCGCUCAACACAUGCAAGCCAGUCCGUCCGCCCUCGAGCCGUCUGCAAAACGGCGCCGCCUAACCAUGCCAACCACCGACGACUACGACGAGUAUGAAUAGUAGCUGACGCGCCGCUGUAGAACCGUCCUUGUAUACCACCUCCUUUACAGUUGUAGUUGUAGUACUGUAGCCUAGCCCAAAAAUAUGUAUUUAAACCCUGCCGAGUAAAUGAUGUGCUUGCUUCUGUCUA